AAUAAAAACAUUGACUAAUUUAUUUUGUAAAAUAUUUACUUUAUUACAACACUGUCGUUUUAAUAAAUACUAUUUUUAGACUGGAAAAUCUGUAACCAUUAUGUGCUGUUGACAUAGAGAGCAUUAUAUUAGCAUAUUUAAUAAAUUUGGCUUAUUAUUCGUGAUUGAGGUAAAAUGUUUAACCCUGAUUUCAAUGACUAUCAGCUAACUUCGAUAAUAACAGAGUGUUGUGGUGGCGUAGCCGUUGUUUAUUCAGCGCUUUACAAGCCAAGUAAUCAAAAUGUCGCUAUCAAGCGGUAUUUUGUUGACAAAACGAAAGAAAACGCGAGUUUGAUUCAGCAAGACAUUCUGACCAGAAAAGAGCUUCAACAUGCAAACAUACUGCCAUACCUGACCUCCUUCGUACAUGGCAGAGAGUUGUAUGUAGUGUCUCCACUCAUGACCUUCGGGUCUUGCCGAGACAUCCUGGACCGGUACUUCCAUGAAGGCUUACCAGAGCUGGCCUGUGCUAUAGUACUGAGAGAUGUACUGCAAGCCUUGCAGUACUUACACAAACAGUUGUAUAUUCAUAGAUCAGUCCGCGCGAGCCACGUGCUGGUGGGCGCUAACGGCGGCGUGCGGCUGUCGGGGCUGCGCAGCGCGGCCAGCCUGCUGCUGCGCGGCCGCCGCCAGCGACACCUGCACCAGCUGCCGCCGCCCGACCACGACAACACCAACCUCAUGUGGCUCAGCCCCGAGCUGCUCGAACAGAAUCUAAAAGGUUACGAUGAGAAGUCAGACAUCUACUCAGUGGGCGUGCUCUGCUGCGAGCUGGGUAACGGCGCGGUCCCGUUCGCGGAGGUCCCCUCCACGCUCAUGCUGACGGAGAAGGUGCGCGGCAGUCGCCCGCAGCUGCUGGACUGCUCCACCUUCCCGGAGCCCUGUCUCGACGACACCGAGAUGAAGAGCAUGUACAACACGGACAGCGGCGUGGGCGACAGCGCGGACGCGGUGUGCCGCCUGCGCGCGCUGUACGCGGCCCGCAAGCUGUCCGACAGCUUCCACCAGCUCAGCGACCUGGCGCUGCAGAGGGACCCUGACAAGCGGCCAUCAGCGACACAGCUGCUCAACCACCCAUUCUUCAAGCAGAUCAGGAAGACCGACUACCUGCCCGGGCUCAUCGGUCGCGUCAAACCAAUCAAACCUGAUCCUAACGACAUGUCAGCCUUAUUACUACAAGAAAAGUUAUCCGAGAUGGAAAUAGAAAAAACGACAGAGUGGGACUUCUAGCGCGCUGCCGACGUACAACCCGAGGUCCACAGUUACUUAGCAAGCACCAUUGGGAACAUCCGCAUUGACCUGCAAGUCGUGUGGGAGAGGCUAAGGAGAGUACCUCGGUCGAAUAGACAUGAGCUAAGUGUUGUCUUAACUCUGUAUGUAUAUGUAUAUAUACGCCUCCGCGUCAACAGCUGAUGUUAAAUAUCUUGAUACUUAUUGCCGGUUUACGAGCUUUUAGAUUCAAGUAAACAUGGAUGUCAGCAAACCAAUUGUACGCGACGUGUCGCGGUUUCGAUCCCCCAGGACAAGCGUUUUUAUGAUCCACGAAUGCUUGUUCUGAGUCUGGCUGUCUUUUAAUAGUAAAGCGGAUUCAUAAUUGUUUGAUAACGGUUUACUCACGCGUAUUAUAAAUUGCUCUCGGUAAUCAAAAAACAGAAACAACGUUUAUUGUUGGUGUUUAAAUAUUAAGUAAUAAAAUUUUCCUCAACUUACCAUACAAAAUGAAAUACUGCGCUCGUAAAUUUGUAGUAAGUAUACAGGUUCGCUGGACCACCUUAAAUAAUAAACUAUAGUUCAAUUUUAGCUAAAUUAUAGAUAUAAUUAUGAAUACUACGCUGUUAUCAUCCCGUCUGUCGUUAAUCAGACCCGCAAGGAACAAAAUGCAAAUCAAGAUUUUGAUUUGCGAUGUCGAUGGAACCUAUCAUGCUGUCUUUUUCAUUUUCAAGUGAAAUGUCGAGACAGAAACACACUCUAAAUGAUACGACAGUUUACUCAUGACUAGUGUUGGACAAAAUAUUUAAAUAACCCAACAUAAAUAUAACACGUGAAAAUUAAUUUUACAGGAUGUAUGUGCCCAACAAAGUAUUUUUUUUUACUAGGAUAAUGACGUUGUGCAAUGACGUCACUACGGCUAUCGGUCGUCGCUCCUGAGGACCGAGUCUAACUGUCGAAAGGAUCCUAAAAAAUACGCAUGAAUAAACUAUCGUAUCAUUGAAUUAUGAAACAUCCUCACCAAACUUACUUUAGAACGUUACUCAGCUAAGCGUUUCUUGCCUAAGGUUGUUGUUAUCAAAUCUCAGAAGAACCAUAUUAAAUACUUCUGUAACCCAACAAUUAUCACCGACAGACAUACACACGUUGAACAUUGAACUCCUCUUUACUAUUCUACACACUGCCAUUUUUGGUGCAUUAAGAUUCCACGUUUGACGUCACAAUUAUGACCACACAAACACUUCCAUUAGUAUUAAAAUGUUAUAUUUCACAUAAUUAUAGCAAUAAAUAUGUUUUUAAAUUUAUUAUUAAGUCAGAUACAAAAUAAUUGUUCUCUACAAGACUAGGUACCAAUAAUGUUAUGAUAAAACCCUAGAGAUUGGGUAGCUAUAAAUAAAAAUUAUGUUGCUGAAAAUGUUGUCAUAAACAUCUAAUUUGCGCGUCAUAUUGAAGACAUAGCUGUUUUGUUUGUGAAAGACUGUUUUCUUUGUUCUUGACUUGUCAUCAACACUUCUUGUUCACAUAAGACAGAUCACUUUAAAUGUGCCCGUUUUCUAAUUAUAAUAAUUUUCAAAUGUUAAUAAGACGGCCUCAAUUCCGCUACUUACAAUGGCCGAUGAAUUAAUGGAAAUAGUACGAAAAUGAUACGAUUCGUAUUCUCCUAAGAAUUUUUCUAUCUCCUAAGUAAAGAGUGGAAUUGGGGUCCUGUUAUCAUCGCAUUUGAAACGCUGUUGUGACUUGUCUUUGUGCUGUAAUAAAACUUGAAGCUGUUACUAUGAAGUUCAUUGUUUUGUACCGCAGUACAACGUUAUAAUAAUAAAAAAAUAUACCUACGUACAAAUGUUUAAUUUUGCUAGGAUAAAUUUGCCUUCGUUAGCAAAAAUACUUGAGUCCUAGAAAGAUCUAUGAUAAGGAAAUUGACAAUACAAUAAAAUAAACUAUUCCGAUUAUAUUGCCUUUUUUAUAAUAUGACAGUUAAAUUAAUGUUGUUACAUAAUAGGUCUUCCCUGGUAUCAAAGAAACUAAAAUUAAAAACGUUUUAGCCUGUGUAAGUAUAUGUUCCAUUAUAAUUUUAAAACUUGACUUUAUUAUUUUGUUUUAGUGCAUAAAAUGAUUUCUUAUUUGUUGUAACUGUGUCAAUAUUAGUAAGUUUUGUUUAAAUAUUGUUAUUUAAAAAAAAUUGAAAGUAUGGAAAUGACAGUUGUAAUUUUCUCAGAACAUAAAGUCCUUUGCAUACAUUUGAGCAGUUUGUAUUGACUAUAUCGAUUGUAGAAGGGCUGGUUCAUAACUGUUAAACGGAAAAUUAUAGGUUAACUUUUAUUUUACUUAGUCCCGCAAAGGAUUAUUUGUAACAUUUAGUUUUGUUAACGGACGGAGGCGUAUAUUAUGUAACACUAACAUGAAUUUAUAACAUUAAUUAAUUAUUAUUAGUUGAAUUAGACCAGAUGUUGCCACUGUGAUCAUUAAAGAACAAUUUAUUGUUU